CAAUACAUUCUAAAAAAUUCAUGCACUUUCCUCUUUCGAAAAAAUUGAUUCCUUGAAUGGAAGGGUGACACUCUUGGUUCCUCGAAUAUAACAACAGGGAGAAUCCUCACCUGGUGUGUGUGUAUAUUCCAGUUGCUCAAACUCUUGGUUCCUCUCUCAUCUUUCACCCUCAUCUUCUACGGGCAAAAGCCCGUCAAAAUCCUAAGCUCAAAAAACUCAGCUCUUCGUUUCAAAACCGAGAUUUUUGUUUUCUUGUACAAGCUUACAGGACUCUUUGUGGUGAUUAUGGCUUGUAUUCAGCACAGCAGAAAUGUUCUACGGCGAAUUAUUGCUAAAGAAACCAACUUGAAGAGCUCUGAUGGUGCUAUACAUCCAUUGUUAUAUGCUUGUCAAGGCAUUAGAUAUAAGAAGUUAGAAGUUAUUCUUACAACAAGCAUAGAGAAGCUUGGGAAAGCUGGUCAGACAGUUAAGGUUGCGCCAGGGCAUUUUCGCAACCAUCUGAUGCCCAAAUUACUUGCUGUCCCUAACAUCGAAAAGUUUGCGCAUCUUAUCAGGGAGCAACGCAAGAUUUACCAACCCGAGGAAGAAGAGGAGGUGAAAGUAGUUAAAGAGACAAUGGAAGAUAAGAUGAAAGAAUACGAAACAGCAGCAAAACGCUUAGUAAAAGCCCAACUGGCUUUUAGGGUAGGGAUCAAUACUGCAAAAUUCCGUGCCCGUGAAUCAAAAGAUGACCCAAUAGAAAUUCUUUCACCAGUGACAAAGGAUGAUAUUUUAAAAGAGGUGACAAGACAAUUCAAUGUGCAAAUUGAACCUGACAACGUGCAUCUUCCAUCACCUUUGACUGCUCUUGGAGAGUUUGAGGUGCCCCUACGCUUCCCAAAGUCUAUUCCGAUGCCUGAGGGGAAGGUUAAAUGGACACUUAAGGUCAAGAUUCGGGGUAAAUAAAUAUUACCUCAUCAUCAAAUUCUUGAUGAAACAUUUAGACAAUGCUAUCGAAGGUUAUUGUAGCAUUCUUGUGAAGCUUGAUGCUUCAACCCAGCACAUCUUGAAUCUUGCGAUGUCCUAUAUACUUCUUCAAUAAUCAAUCCUUACAGAAGUUAUUGUGGGAUGAAUUUUGAUUGUAGCUCUUUCUGACAUGCACAAGUUAUAGUUUGGGGCCCUUGCAUCUGCGUUCAUACUCGUAUAUCCGAAUUCUGUUGAUUACUCUUUCGCUGCAUGUCAGAUGGUGUUUGGUUUCAGGUUUGUGUUUUAACUUCUACCCAAAAACACUUUUGAGAGACCAUCUCCUUUUGCUAUUAUGUUGAAGGGAUUCGCGUAAAGAAUGAA